AUGCUCACAGCAGGGCCGUGCAGGCCUGUGGGUCGGUGCGGCGGCACCCGCCCGUUCACGUGCUACAUGGGGGACGUGUCCUGGGCUCUGCCUGCUGCCGCUCUGCCUGCGACCAGUCGCAACGCAGCGAGCAGUAACAGCAGUAACCCUGCUGAUAACCCUAUCGCCAACGUGACGCUGACCAUUACAGUGACAGCGUCCGCGGCGGUCGCACAGCCGUGUCGGCUCUGUGGGGGCUUUGAGCAGUUACCCUAUCAGGUGUUACAGGCAACCGUUCGGCUCACGGCCGUGCUCGUGCCAGUUGGCCUCAAGCAGCCGCAGCCAGGCCAGCCGCUACAGGAGCAGGCUCUUUCUGGCGCCGCUACAGCUGUUGGUUCCGCUACAGCCGGUGCUGGUGGUGGUGGUGGUGGUGGUGGUAGUGUUGGGGCCGGUGGUGGCGCGGCGUUUGGUGCACUGGAGGCGCGUUUGUCCACAUCAUCCGCGUGGCCUGUAGCCUUUGUGCUUCCCCUACCGCCCGCAGCGUCCGCAGCGCCUGUAGCGCCUGUAGCGCCUGUAGCGUCCGCGCCGGCAUUGGUGGUGUUGUUUGUGCGCAGGCCAAGGGGCGUGGCGAAGGUGGGGCGUGCGCGCUUCUCGUGGCACGCGCUGGAGAUGACAGGCGUGCACUCGCCUGCCCGCUGUGACGCCUGCACCUUCCUCUGCAAGGUGCGGCCCCCCUCCUGCACUCGGUACCUCUGUAAAGGUACCUCUGCAAGCCCCCUCUCCCCGUCCCCCCUCCCGCACCUGCCUCUGCAAGGUGCGUCCCCCACCUCCCCCCUGUCCCGCUAUCUGCAUGCUGCGUCUUCGUCCCCCCUGCCCUCCCGUCUGCAAGGUCCGUCCCACCCUGCCCUUGCCCCGGCUAGACGCCAUUCCCUCCUCUCUCAGUACCCCGUGUCUCCCCACCUCUUUUUGAGUCGACUAAAAAACAAGGUCCGUCCCCCCCGCCCUUACCCCGGCUCAUCGCCAUUCCCUCCUCCCUCACUACCCCGUGUCUCCCCACCUCUUCCACUUUUCUCCUUCUCUUUUUCGCUUCACAUCGCUGCAAUGCGUGCUCUCGGGGGGACAAAGCAUGUGGGCUCCCCUUACCCUGCCAUUCCUCCCCCUCCCUGUCCUCCCACACCUCCCUCCCCCUCCGCCUCCCCGCCCGCCUCCCCGUCUGUCUCCCCAUCCUCCCCACCCCGUCAACCCCCCAUCCGCAGCUGGACUCGCUCCCAAGCUUCCCCUGUCCGCGGGGGUGGUUCACAGCGCGCGGGCUCAUGGACGGUCCCCACCGCUUCACAGUCACCGCGCUCAGGGGAGCGCCGGGGGUCACUGGCACCCGCCCCGCCUGCACCUGUGAACCCACGCACAAGCUCAUCCCCUUCUCCUCCCCUUACUCCUCUCCCCGUCCGCUCACAGCUGGACGCCCUCCCCAGCUUCCCCUGUCCGAGGGGGUGGUUCACAGCACGUGGCCUCACGGACGGCCGCCACCGCUUCACAGUAAACCCAUCAUUAUCCUCCCCUCCCUGCCGUCCCCCCCCCCUCACAGCUGGACGCCCUCCACAGCUUCCCCUGUCCCCAGGGGUGCUGGACGCCCUCCCCAGCUUCCCCUGCCCGCGCGGGUGGUUCACAGCAGCCGGCCUCACGGACGGUCCCAACCGCUUCACAGUCACCGCGCUCAGGGGCGCGCCGGGGGUCACUGGCACCCGCCUGCAGGCCGCCACUGCUGAUGUUGGGAUGGGCGGAGAGUGGGGAGGAGGGGUGGAAGGGGGAGGGGGAGGGGGAGGGGGAGGAAGGGGAGGGGCGCAGGUGGAGGCGCAAGCACAGGCCACAUAUGAAUGGGUCGCUGACGCGGCCAGUCCAGUGCCAACGCUAACAGUGGACCCGCCACAGGCAAGGGAGGGGUCGGUGCAGAUCAGCAUCGCCUUUGACAAGCCCUGCCUGGGCCUGCAGUGCAACUCCACCGAAACCUCGCCCUCUGAAAUGCACUUCUCUGCUCCUUCCUUUCCCUUUCCCCUUGCUUCCAAUCCCGUGGUUCCCAUCCCAUCAAAAGCGGCCAGUCCGGUGCCAACGCUAACAGUGGACCCGCCACAGGCAAGGGAGGGGUCGGCGCAGAUCAGCAUCGCCUUUGACAAGCCCUGCCCGGGCCUGCAGUGCAACUCCACCGAAAUCUCGCCCUCUGAAAUGCACUUCUCUGCUCCUUCCUUUCCCUUUCCCCUUGCUUCCAAUCACGUGGUUCCCAUCAAAAGCGGCCAGUCCGGUGCCAACGCUAACAGUGGACCCGCCACAGGCAAGGGAGGGGUCGGUGCAGGCAUCACCACAGGGCAAAGUCAGGUGCAGGCAUCACCGCAGGGCAUAGUGAGCAUCGACCCCUCCUCGUUCCUGGCCUGUGCUGACUCGAGUGGGAGGGCAUGGAUGGCGGGGUUUGGCUCUUAUGCCGUCAUCAGGAUAGACCGCGCCCCUCUGGAGGCCACUCUCACCUGCGACACGCCCUUGGCGGUGGUCAAGUUCUUCACACAGCUCAGAGCCACGCCACGAGUCUCCCAGUCGCCCGUGACGUGUCGGGUGCUCUUCUCCAAGCCCGUCUCUUCCUUCCCCUCCUCGUCCCUCGCUAUCGCCAACGCCACCGCCAGCAACCCCCAAUCUGUCUCCGACCUGGAGUACCAGUUCCAGCCCGUCUCUUCCUUCUCCUCCGCGUCCCUCGCUGUCGCCAACGCCACCACCAGUGACCCCCAACACGUGACCGACCUGGAGUACCAAUUUCAGGUGGGUGGGUUCCUCUUUGUUUCCAUUCCUUUUUUUUUGGAGUUCAAGUGGAAUCUUUUGAUGGGCUUUACUGUGUGGCCCACGGGCAAAGGCUCAGUGGUGGUGGACAUACGGCAUGAGAAUGUCACCGAUGUUGCUGGGAACAUCUGCCAGCCCACACAGCCCUUCUUCUUCUUCUUCUUCUUUGACACCACACCCCCUACGGUGCAGCUGAGCGGGAGCGAGACCAGCGCCACAACAGACUGGGUCUACCCCAUCCUCGUCGCCUUCUCACCAUCUCUCCUUCCUCUCUACCAUGCAGCUCUCAGCCCCCACUUUUCCCUCUCCCGCUUCCGUUUCGCCACUAUGUCUGCCCUUCAACCACCAGACACCACGCGCCCAACGGUGCAGCUGAGCGCGAGUGAGAGCAGCGCCACCACGAACUGGGUCUACCCCAUCCUCGUCGCCUUCUCAGAGCCCGUGCUGGGAUUCAACAGCUCGUCGCUUCAAUUGUCCAAUGGAGUCAUCACCUGGUGA